UGGUCACACUGGCGACUCUUAUAUUGCUUUUUUUGUGAAAUUUGUGAAAAAAUAUUAGAAAAAAUGGGAUCCUCAUCGUCUGGAAAGAAACACAAGAAGGACAAGAAGGCGAGGCAUCGCUCGCGGUCCGCAGAACGCCAGGCACGUGCCACAGAGGAUGAAGACGUGACAUUAGACCUCACAGACGACUCGUCUUCGGGGCGACACAGACAUCACAAACACAAGAAGCAAAAGGAGCACAAGGACACCAAAGAGCACAAGGAGCAUCGUCACAAGCACCACAGGCACAAGGAGCGUGAGCGUGCCAGCGAAGUUAUCUCCUUGGAGGAGUCAGAUUCGGAUAGCUCGGAUUGUGUGGAGGUGCCCGUGGAGCAGACCAAGGUAAAGGAGGCGUCCGCCAGGGAACGACAAAGAGAACGCGAGCCGGAGCCGAGCGUCAGGGAGCGAGCGGGUCGCGAGCGUGAUCAGCAGCGGGAGAAGGAGCGUGAAAGGGAGCGCGAUCGGGAGCGGGAAAGGGAGCGCGAACGCGACAGGAAUCGCGAAAAGGAGCGCGCCAAGGAUCGCGAGCGCGAAAGGGAGCGUGAGCGCGAUCGUGAUCGUGAGCGGGAACGUUAUGGUGAGCUCUCCGCUCCACCACCGCCACAAAUAUCCAGGCACGCGGACUAUGAGGGUCGCCGCGAGCGUGAAAUUGAACGCGAACGUGAGGCCCGCAAGCGUGCUGGUAGGGAGCGGGAGCGGGGCAACCGAGAACGCUCCCGUUCGCAGUCCCCUUCGAAGUCUGGACGCAAACCUUCCGGCACAGUUGGCAGGGAACGCGAGGCAUCCGGACGCGGCUAUUCGCCCAUACCCGAGAAUGGAGCUGGCGAUGUGCUCUCAGUGCAGGAAACGAACAAAUUGCGUGCCAAGCUAGGCCUGAAGCCGCUCGAGGUGGAGAGUGGACCCAGCAAGGUGGCAACAGCCGCCACAACGAGCGAGAGUAAGAAGUCCAGCGGUGAUGGUGAUCUGUCCUCGUACAAGGAUGAGUGGGGAGAGUUCCUGCACAAGCCGGCAGACAAUCUAAAGGAGAAGAAAGAGGCCGAGAAGCUGCGCGAGAAGCUGAAGCAGCGCAAGGAGAAACGUUUCCUCGAAGAGCGUUUGGCACGCAUCCGCACGUUGGGCGAAUCCGAUGAGGAGACGGACAAUGUCACCAAGUGGGUGGACAAGAACAAGCGCGUGGUCAACGAACGCGAAGAGGCAAAGAAGAAAGCCAAAGAGCUGGAGGAACUGGAUGAGGCAUUUGGCAUCGCCGACAUUGUCGAGCAGGAGAAGCUAAAGGCACGCCAACGAGCCUACGGCGAUAACAACUUGAAGGGUUUGCGCGUGGAGCACGAUAUGGAUGACUUUGGUGAGGGUCGCACGGUUAUUCUAACGCUCAAGGAUCAAGAUGUGCUCAACGAGGAGGAGGGCGACACGCUGGUCAAUGUCAACAUGCUCGACGAUGAGCGCUACAAGAAGAAUGUCGUCAACAAGAAAAAGAAUCCGCUCAGCUAUGGCUACAAUGUCUACGAGGAGCAAUACGAUGAGUUGGGCAAUCCCAUUGAACGUUCCGUGCUGGAGAAAUACGACGAGGACCUCGAGGGACAGCCCAAGAAGCGCAAGAACUUUGUGAUUGGCGAGAACUCCGAGGAAGAUCGUGAGCACAGACGCAGGCUGCUGGAAAUAAAGACAAAGCUGGCGGGCAAGCGGCUUGAAACAUUGGAGGAUACAAAUUUGCAGCUGGCCUCGGACACAUUCAGCGUGGAGGAGUUGGCCAAAUUCAAGAAACCCAAGAAGAAGGUUAAGAAAAUUCGUCAGAAACUAAAAGCCGAAGACCUCGAACCAUUGCCUGAGGCUGGCACAUCGAAUUUUGGCAGCCGUCAUGGACGCCAUCGCGAGCCCGAGGAUGUUGAAAUGAAGGAGGAAAUCAAACCGGAGAUUAAGUACGAAGCUGAGGAAGAUGAUGAUCUGGAGCGGGUCCUCUCGAAGGCCCGCAAACUGAAGCAAAAGGAUAAUCUCAUCAAGAAACCUUUGCCCAUUGGGUUUGAGUCCAUACAGCGUGACAUCAAGCCGGAGAUCAUCGAUGAGGCCAGUUCGGGUGUGGUGCUGAGCAGCGUGGAUGGACACAUUGUGCUCAAUGCCACGGCAGAGUUUUGUCGCACCUUGGGCGACAUUCCUACCUAUGGCAUGGCUGGCAACCGUAACGAGGACUCCAAUGACAUGAUGGACUUUGAUAAGAUCGAGCAGCUGGACGAUAAUAUGGAUGCGCACAACGAUGAGCCGGCGCUGAGUCAUGGCACAUGGAAUUCGGUGAAUCCCGAUGAGGUUAUGCAGCCAGCGGAUUUGGACAAUUUGGGCGAUGACCUGGAGGAUCGUGCCAUACUCGAUGAGGAGCCCGAUGUGGGCGCUGGCGUGGCGAAUGCGCUGCGCCUGGCACUGUCCAAGGGCUACCUCGAGAGGGAGGAAAAGAACAGGCCCAGUAAUACCAAAAUGGCACAUUUGCAGGCCAAGAAUUAUUCGAUUGAGGAUAAGGCAGCUGGGGAAGACGAAAAGGUGGGACGUCGUGAUCGUUUCCACUGCGGUCCCAUUAUGGACUUUAAGGACAAGGAAACCUUCAAGCCGAAUGUCAAAUUGGAUUACAUUGAUGACAAUGGACGCAUAUUGAACCUCAAAGAGGCUUUUCGCUAUUUGUCGCACAAGUUCCAUGGCAAGGGGCCCGGCAAGAAUAAGAUUGAGAAACGUUUAAAGAAAAUGGAACAAGAUGGGCUUAUGAAGACAAUGAGCUCGACGGACACACCAUUGGGCACGUUGACCAUGUUGCAGCAUAAGCAAAAGGAAACAAAAACCGCCUAUGUGGUGCUCAGUGGCAACAGCAAGAAUGCGGCCGGUGUUAGUGGCUCAUCCAUAGCCAAAUUUAAGUAGGGGAAAACACCAACACAAACAGAUCCAA